AUGGUGCAUUACUCCCGCAAGCCACAGGUUUCCUCGAAGACGGCCAAGGCGAAGAUCGCCGACCUCCGGUGCCACUACAAGAAUACCUUCGAGACGGCUAAUGUGAUCAACGGUAUGAAGCUCCGCAAAGCGCAGCAGCUGUACCGUCAAGUCCUGGCCAAAACCCGCUGCAUUCCCUUCAAGCGCUACAAUGGAAAGAUUGGUAACACAGCACAAGCGAAGGAAUGGGGGCAGACGAAGGGACGCUGGCCGCGCAAGUCCGUUGUGGCAAUGCUGUCGCUGUUGAAGAACGCCGAGGCGAACGCCAUCGAGAAGGGGCUUGACCCCGGCAAAAUGGUCAUUAAACACGUUCAGGUGGAUCAGGCCCCUCGCGUGCGUCGCCGUACGUUCCGUGCACAUGGUCGUAUCACACCGUACAUGCGCAGUCCGUGCCACGUGCAACUUUUUAUGACGCAGCCCCAGGAGCGUGUGCCCGUCCCCAAGAGCAAGCCGAAGAAGUAA